AUGGCUUUAACAAGGAGCAACAAAAUGUUGAAGAGCACAAAUGCAAAUGAGGCUGCAACCAAGAUAACAGCUCUCGUCGUAGAUGACAGCGGGAUCAACCAAAGCAUUCACCGCAAGCUCUUGGAGAAUCUUGGCAUUGAAAAUCAAGUCGCAGGUAACGGAAAAGAAGCUGUUGAUGUCCAUUGCUCUGGCAAACAGUUUGAUCUGAUACUGAUGGACAUGGACAUGCCUAUCAUGAAUGGCAUUGAGGCAACAAGGACACUGCGUGCAAUGGGGAUUCGAAGUACAAUUGCUGGUGUAUCAUCACAUUCUCACACUGAAACGAUACAAGAGUUUGUGAAGGCAGGACUGGAUGACUACCAAGAGAAGCCCUUAACCAUUUCUAAGCUAGUUUCCAUCCUCCAGAAGGUCAAUAGCAACUAGUGCCUGUUUGAA